UCUUGCAGCCACUUCUCUCUCUCUCUAUAUCUCUCUGUCUCUGUCCCUCUCCCAUCAUCUGUCAGCCAUCAUGAUUAACACCUACAGCUCUAACCUUCAUCCGCCGCCGGUGCCUCCACGGCCUGGAACCCAAAGCUCAAUGCGGAACUGGACCCGGUCCCGGUCGCACGUCAGGUUCCUCUGUGCAGCCUUUGUGGUCCAGACAGUGGUCACUAUUGCGCUGUUCCUCUAUCUGUUCCAGAGGAUUGACGCAGCAAGUAAUGAAAACAACAGCACAUUCCAUAAUGACCUCAUAGUGCUGAAAAGGCUGGAGGAAUGUGAGAGCAAUAGUCUGGACAGUGGCUCCCUGUUGGACUGCAGCAAGGUUCUACAGAAAUUCCAGGGGAUUAUAUCAAAGCUAUCACAAAUUGAAGGAAAGGCCUGGGGUCUCUCAGCACCUGGCACCCCUAGUGGCACAGAAGCCCGGGCACAGAUGACAAUCAUGGCAUCUUCAGGUCAAACCCUGAAAUGGAACCGGGAUUACUCCAUGCUGAAGAACGUGGAAUACUACACCAGGAGCAGAUCGCUGCAGAUACGCGUCCCUGGAUAUUACUUUGUCUACUCCCAGGUCACCUUCUCCAAAGCGCAUCCCAAAACCCCCCUGGCCCAGUUCGUCAUGCGCCGGAGGAGCUCAGCAGAGAGGGCAGGGGAGGACCUCCUGCUGAAAGCGUUCUGCAGCCCGGGGAGCAAUGACCUCUGCACCUCCUACCAAGCAGGGAUGUUCAGACUGGAGGAAGGGCAGCAGCUCUAUGUCAAUGUGACAGACUCCAGCCUGGUCAACUUCGAAGUGACCACGACCACGUUCGGAUUAUUCCUGAUGCAGCCCGUCCCUUAAAAUGACCGUGCCGUUUCUCACGCGAGGUCAAUACGGCGUGGGAAGACAAGAAGGAAUAUUAUUAUGAGUGAUGAGUGAUGAUGCUUUUGACCAAUAAAUGGGUCUCUGGGACAACAGGGUCUCUUUGAACAUACUCAGAAGUUCUCCGGAACCAGAGAUUGACCGUUAUAUUUUUUGAAAGCUCAGAAUAAGUGAACCAGAGCAGUGGAGCGUGAGCGUGAAGUUGAACUCUACAGGAAGUGGGAUAAUGGACCCCCCCCCCCCCUUCCAUGGAGAACACAUUAACAAUGGAAUGUUACCACCUCUUCGUUUUCAUGUGAUUUCCAUAUUUGAAAUGGCACUACAAUCCAAUAUUAUGCUGCACUGUCCAAAUUGAGAAAGCUUAAGGGCACAAGUGAAGGGCAUUUAUAUGUAUUUCAUAUCUUUUGCGUGUAUUCUGGCAGUGGUUGCACUGAUGUCCCCACCCUCUCAAUGUAGAUUGAAGCAGAUAUUUUUCUGGGUAUGCUGAUUUUGGUGUGGAAAAUAUUCACUGUCCUGUGUGUUGGUGUCUCAGAGGAACAUAGGGGAGAAAGAUAAAUUUCUCCAGCUUGUGACUUAGGAUCGCAAAACCGGGGACAAAAAAUACCCGUCAUCUGUGCCCAUCGAUCCAUGCAUCUGUUUACUGUACACUAGCAGGUCUCUGCAAGCAGCAGACUAACAGUAGGCCGUUUGUAAAGAUGUUAUGACUGAUAAGUCGUGGAUAAGGGAACAUUCACACUUUAUUUUCCAGUUAGAUCUGCCAACACAUUUCCAUUCAGGAGGCGGUUAUUUUCCAGUAUAAUCGGUUUUGGGCUUUUUAAAAAAUAAUUUAUGGUCCUGUUUUUCUCUGUGUAUAUAUAUCGCUUUAAUUUAUUAUAAACAUUUUUCCUUGCCAUAAAAAUGCUUGUAUUUAACUGACUAGCUGUUAAAUGAAGUAUCUUGUAUAGAAUUGUAUUUGUUUUAAAUAAAUUUACAUAAGCUUUAUUUAUAAA